AUGCCGCCUCGCACGCGCCGCCGCGCAAAUGAUCCAGAGACGGUCUACCGCGUCUCCCCGCGUCUCCAGCAGAAGCAGCAGCGCUUCCCGAACCGGCGCCGGUCAGUCAAGACGUCGGCAGCGACUGAGACCAGGACGCCAGUGAAAAGGCAAGAGACGCUUACGCAGGUGGGGUUUGUGUCGAGUUUCUCGGGUGGUAGUAGAGGAGAGGAUGAGGAUGAAAGGGAGGAGGAGUGGGCGGAGGAGAGGCCGAGAAAGAAGAGGAAGAGGAAUAGUGAUGGGGAUGGAAGAGAGAGCGGGAGCGGGAAGAAGCAGACGACACUAACGCAGAUGGUGUGGCCGGCUGUGGGGGUGGGGAGUGAUGAUGAGGAGGUAGAGGGGGAGAUGUUGGAGGAUGACGUGCUGGCGUCGGGGCAGGAUGUGCAUGAGGCCGAAGGAGAGGUGACCCGAAUGGCGGAUGCACUUUAUGAGGCUGCUAGGACCGCUGGAAAAGAUCCGCAGGAUGGAGCUGUUCAGGAGUCAUAUCAGGGCUUGUUCCUGGACCACAGGAUGCGGGAGGAAUACCCUCACGAGGAAGAUGCCGCCCCAGCCGUGAGAAGAUCUCCGAGAUUGAUGAAGCGGCCCCAAGGGGCAUCACAGCGAGCAAUCGGUAGCCCUGCGAGAGUCCCACGACUAAGGACACCGCGAAAGGUACGAGUGCUGGAGGUGCCCUCAUCGCAGUCUCCGCCCGCUACGCCGCUCUCGACACAGAGGACACAGACACCGCAUAGCCGACGCACGAGGUCGCCGCUGAAAGAGAGAUCCGUCAAUCGGCAAGCAAUCUUGGAGACGCCUUCGAAGUUGAGGACGGUCCUCUUUGCAGACGACAUCGCUAGUGCAAAGAAAACGCCUUUCAAGAUGCCGCCGCUACCGGCGAAGCUGUUCAACCCGAACCCGACUCCCGGCCCGGUACGCUUGACCAGGAAGACUACUAUUCCAGACUCCCAAUCUAUUGACGAUGAAGAAACGGAAGAUGAUGGCGAUCACGAGGUCGAGGUCGAGGUCCAUCACGCUCCUGCAGAAGCUGAGCAACGACCAAAUGAGCCUACUCAGGCGACACAUCUUGGGCAGGACAGCAUCCGAUAUCUCAUAGGCCCGGAGACCCAAGCCCUCGGGGACAGGACCGUCUUAUCCGACAUAUACCUCGGAUCAAGCAUCGUACGAGACGAUAUCGCAGACGACGACGAAGACAUCGUCGGUCUGCCAGAUUCCACAGUCCGCUCUUUCGAGAUCGACCUCGACGUUCCCACCCAGAAAGGCAGCCUCAAGCCCGGAGCGCCGCCGCCACUAGAUAACCCAUUCGUACUGCCGCGCACCACGCGGCCCAACUUCGUCAAAAACAGCACCGGCACCGACGAAGACCUCCUCGCAGCCGACAGCCAACCGCCCGUCACCCAGGCCCGGACGUCACGGCCUCGACUAGAACAGCAGAGUAGCGAGUUCCUGCGCGAUCUCCAGGCCGACGAGCACGCCGACUACUCCUACUGGCUCCCCAGAGCUGCACGAGCAACAGCACAGCAGCCGCGCUUCUCGCAGGCCACCACCGUCGACAUCACCCAAGCUGCCCGGCGUACCCAACACACUCUAAUUCCCAGCCCCCGGCACCAGGCAUCCUCUCCCGUUCUCGAAGUCACGCGCAUACCGGACUCCCCUCUAGCAAAGCCAGCAGAGGACGAGGUCGUCUACAUCCCGAGCUCGCCGCUCGUUAGGCCGGUGGAUGAGGGGGCAUCGUCAUCGCCGCUGCCGCUGCCGCCUUCGGACUUCUCGUCGCAGGUUUUCGAGCAGGGGCGCGAGACUCAGGGGAAGCUGAAGCGGGGAGAAGGAGGAGGUGGUGGUGGUGGAGGGCUUGUUACGGUAAGCCAGUUGCUGCCGGAUUCGCUGGUGAAUUUCAGUUUGCCGGGGCCGCCGGUUUGGAGUCAGGAUGAAGAGGGGGAGUAG